GAGCCCUUCAGAUCGCCCGCUGCGUGGGCCGAUCCUCGCCGCCUACGUGCCUUCCUACGUCGCCAUCCCCACGCCGGCGACCGAAUAAGAGUCAUCGAUCCUCAUAACGUGUGCUGUCGAUCUCGGGCAUUUGUUCUCUCCUUCUCCUGUUCCUGUUCUCCUUUCUCCUUUCUCCUCUCCUCUCCUCUGCUCCUCCUCCACCGCAAGGGACAUUGUCUCAGCCUCCGUUCCUGCUGUCCCCAGGAAUCUCAGCAACCAGAACAAUUGCACUAUUGGUGGCGCGUCUCGGAAAUGCAAAAACAUCUUGCACCAAGCUGGAGGAUUGGCCGAUAAUUGUUUCAGUUCUUUAGUUUACGUUUCUCGCUCCGCUGCAGGUCGGCCACCGCUCAAAUCGAACCCUCCCUCAGCGCUACGCCAUAAUGGCCGUCCGUCGCUUUCGUCGCAUCACCAUCCUCACCUCCCUCCUCGGCAUCUUCCUUCUCUACCACUUCCUCUCGAUCCGGCCGGAGCUCUAUACUCGCAAUGGCCUCUCCCAGCCUCGCGCCCCCAGCAACACCCCGAAUGCCGCCCCGAAAGAGAUACCCGAAUGUCCCCCGCUCGAGGGGAUGGAAGAUGUGCUGGUGGUGAUGAAAACCGGUGUCACCGAAUCCCUCAGCAAAGUCCCGGUACACUUUCAGACCACCCUCCGCUGCAUUCCCAACUAUAUUAUCUUUUCCGACUUUGAGGAAGAAAUCGAAGGCGUCAAAGUGCACGACGCGUUUCUCACAAUGGACAACACGGUCAAAAGUACGGUCGCUGACUUCAAUCUCUACAACCGGCUCCGCGAGCAAGGUCGUGCGGGGCUGGAGUCGGCCGACUUUGCCGAUGAAGCGAACUCGAACAUUGGCAAACCCAACAAUCCGGGGUGGAAAUUGGACAAAUGGAAGUUUCUUCCGAUGGUCCAACAGGCGUUAGCACAUAAAGACAAUGCCAAAUGGUAUGUCUUCAUGGAAGCUGAUACGUACAUUUCGUGGCCGACCCUUCUCCAAUGGCUGUCGCACUUCGAUCCCCAAGAGCCCCACUACAUUGGCACUGAAACCCAAAUUGCGGACGUCAUUUUCGCGCAUGGCGGUUCCGGCUUUAUUGUUUCGAAUCCGGCGAUGCAGCUGGCCUCGAAUGAGUACGCGAGCCGCACCGUGGAGUUGAACGAAUACACCGACUGGCACUGGGCUGGUGACUGUGUCUUGGGCAAGGUUCUGGGUGACGCAGGGGUUCCAUUGCAUUAUUCAUGGCCGAUUCUGCAGAAUUCGAAUGUGGGAGAACUGGACGAGUUUGCCAAGGGCUUCUACCGGAAACCGUGGUGUUUCCCGGCGGUAGCGUUCCAUCACCUGGCGCCUGGGGAGAUCCAGUAUCUGUAUGAGUUUGAGAAACGGAGACGUCUCGAGACUGAUAGCUCCAUCCUUCUCCACCGCGACGUCUUCAAGGAACUCAUCUUUCCUGAGCUUUCCAACGUCCGCGAUGACUGGGAUAACUUGUCGGACCAGGAACAUCCAACCAUCACCACUUUCCAUGAAUGUCAGACCCUCUGCUCCAGCUCGCGCGACUGCGCGCAGUUUGUCAUGCGGGACGGCAUCUGCUUCACCGGUGAGACACCCCGACUGGGGAUCCGGCGACCGACGGCUCGAUCGGGGUGGAUUCUGAGCACGAUCGAGCACAUGAUGGACCACGCGCCGCGGUGUUCUCGACCGGACUUUGGACUAUGAUUCGCGGGCGAAUUAUAUUAAAAUGUGGGAGUAUUAUAGAUUCUGCAUUCAGCUAGCAUUGCAUCGCGUGCAGGCGUUGGUGGCUUAGCAUUCUCUGGCGUCGGUUAUACAAGUUCCCAAGCAUAUAGUCCUUUAGUACGGAGUAUGGAGUAAACGACAUAUCGUGAGUUUUACUAAUAUUCAGAUU